AUGACAGUGCAUCUUAUGUGUCUGGGCUUCAUCCUGCAGGGUGCUCUGAAGAUACAAGCUCAGGACUCUCUUCCAUCUUCGACCCCAACUCCACCUCUGAGCAAGUCCCCCCUACAGAAAGAUUUCCAAUAUGAACGGUUCCAGGGAAAAUGGUACACCAUGGUUUGGGCCCCGAACAUAUUUUGGAAUAUAAGCCAAAGCAAAGCCAUCUUGCAAAGCAUCAACUAUACACUAAAUGAUGACCACAGCUUCAAUGUCACAUCUAAUCUGCUCAGGGAUGGAAAAUGUGAACACAAGUAUGAUGUUUUAUUCCCAAGUGGUAAAUCAGGCCUGUUCUUCUUCAAAAAUAUAAGAAGUUAUAAUGGAUUGCAGAAAUUCACGUUCAAAGUGCUAGACACUGACUACAAUCAGUUUGCCACAGUGCUCUUAAACAGGAUUGGGCAAGAAGUGAUGUACAUUGAGCACAGAGUCUACGCAAGGAGUAAGCAAUUGAAUCCUGAAUUGAAGGAGCACUACCUUAAUGUGACAAGAAGUCUGGGCCUUCCGGAUCGUUUUGUCACAUUCACUGACCAUCACGAAGCAAUGCUGAUAAAUAAUGAGCAGCAACACAUUGAGGCAACAAAGAGGAGGAUUGAUCUAGCCAGUGAUAAUAGAGUGACAGUGCAGCAGAUCCUUGACACAGACUUACAUAUGACAUUUGCAUGA